AACGGGACAGGCAGCGCUUUUCUCAAAAUGGGGAAAGCUACCAAGAAAACUGACAAACCCAGACCAGAGGAGAAGGAUGACCUAGAUGUAACAGAGAUGAGUAAUGAAGACCUCCAAGAACAACUUAUGAAGUAUGGAGUAAAUCCUGGCCCGAUUGUAGCUACUACUAGGAAACUUUAUGAAUUCUUAUUAAAACUGUUUGCAGAUCCGAAGACUGAGCUGAGGCUUGAGAAGAGAGAACCUCUGAAAGCCAGGACGAAGACAACAGUAGCACUCAAACAAAAAAGAGUUGUUGAACACAACCAGACCUAUUCUCAAGAUGAAGUUUCUGAGACUGUCUGGACAAGUGGAUCUUCAAAAAGUGGACCUCUGCAGGCAUUUUCUAGGGAGUCUACAAGAGUGUCAAGAAGAACACCAAGAAAAAGGGUGGAAGCUACAGCACAGUUGCCUGUAGAUGAUGCUGUAAUAUCAGAGAGUACUCCCAUAAAUGAAACUAUAUUGGCUGCAAGCAACGAGACCCUAGUUGGCAAUAGGGUGCCUGGAAAUUUCAAGCAUGCAGCUCCUACACUGUCAGUCAGUGAACUCUCAGACAUGCCCAGAAGAACACCAAAGAAACCACUGAUGACAGCUGAACAAGAAGAGACAGAUUGCCCACAUCAGUGCUUUUUAAAUCAUAUUGGUCACAACCAGUCCUGUGAUAUGCUCAACACAGCCAUGAUAGAGGAAACUGAGGAGAUCACUGAAUGCUUUAAGACACCAAAAGUGACCGGAUGGCUGCCAAUAAUUAAGGUUAAACAAACUUCUAAAACCCAAGAAGUGCUUGAGAGGACUACAGAAGAAAGAAGAAUAGAAAGGGAUAUUCUUAAAGAAAUGUUCCCUUAUGAAGUAUCAACACCUACAGGAAUUAGUGCUAGCUGCCGUAGGCCAAUCAAAGGAGCUGCAAGCCGGCCUCUGGAGCACAGUGACUUCAUACUGGAGGAAAGUUACUCUAAGUAUGCACAAAAAUAUGGUACCUCGGCUGACACCAAGUCGGAGAAACCAGCAGUAAAAAAACAGCGCCCCGUCCCCCUGUGGAUAAAAGUUUUUCUCUUUGUUGUUGUUUCAGUCUUCAUGUUUUUGGUUUAUCAGUCAAUGGAAACUAAUCAAGGAAAUCCUUUUUCUAAAUACAUGAAUAUUGUCACUCAGGGCAGUGCCAAAUGAAUAUCUUUCUGAAAGGCACACCCAAUUUGAUCUCCUGUUUUUUAAUUGUAGAGAACUCUUCUGCCCUCUCAUCGGCUCAAGGACUUCUUAUAAAUAAUGUGAUUGGAACCUGAUAAAUUGGAUAAAUGAAGAAAGAUAAUAUUAAAUGGACAUCGGUAACUUUCUGGACAUUGGACAAGUAGGAGAUCACUGCCAUAGGAGUAACAUUUUUUUAAAUCUUUGAACUUUUUUAGGCUUUAUUUUUUUAAUGUGGACAUCCUUUAAAUUCACUUUUGAGAAAAUGUAUAUUUGUUUUUGCAAGAACUUGGAAGCUGAGAAGGGCAAAAAUGUAGUAAAAUGUGAAGCUGUGUCUUUAAAGCUUUUCAUUUGUACAGAAAAGAAGUUGUACUUCUGCCUCUAGAUUAUAGUGGAGAAGGAUUUUAAUAUGGGAUAAAAGGAAAUGCAUUUCAUUAUGCAUUUUUGCAGUAACAACAUAACUGAAUUUGAUCUCUUAGGAUGUAGAGAGAGUACAACAGCAACCUUUUCUGUAGAUUACUGUAACUUUUUAGUAAAUGUAACUGUAAACCUGUUUGCAUUUCUGUAAAAGUCUUAGUAUCAUAUUAGUAACUGUUUAAGUGUAACUUCAUUUAAAUGUAUCCCUUCAUUUUAGUGCUUACAGUGUUGUAGGAGUUGAAUACAAAUCUAAUUGGCAAGAGAUGUAUUAGAGGAACUUAUUUAUUAGUAAUAUGUGUGGGAAACAAAAACUACAUCAUAACAAUUUGUUACUAAAAUACUUUUUUGGGUCAAGAUUGUUAUCUGAAGCAGUCUAAAUUCCAACCUUAGCAGUGGUCUUUUUUCUUUCUUAAAAAAGCGAGGUCUUUCCAACACAGCUUUAUGUGAUUAUCUUUAAAUAUUUGUGUAGAGAAGUAUUCUCAAAGUAUGAAAAUUCCAUAUGAAGUUUUAUUCUUGUAUGAAGAGGGCAUUGCUGCAUUUUCCGCUACAGUUUCAUCUUUUAAGGUGAGAUUUACUACUUUCAUGCCAUUGACUAUUUUUCUCAGUGGAAGCAUGCUGAAACACUCUCUAUUGUGUAACUUGGUUGAGCAGGCAGCUGACUUCAUUACUACCAAUGAAGAGUGAUAAGCAAAAAUUUUUUUAAAGUGAAUGUAUACAUUUUUGGUGUGCUUAAAUCUGCAGCAUACAGAUGUUCAGUCUUAUUGCUUGGUACAAAAUUGCAAUAAAUCAUACUACUUAUUCUUAAAGUGCUACUUAUAAAAAGCUGAGAACAUUAGUUAAUAGUCAAUAUCUUUUUACUCUAGGUACAAUUAUUGUGUAGACUAUAGCUAUGGGGAAGCUUUACUUUGUGAACUUUGGGACAAACAUGGUAAUUUGUAGCAAAGCAAUAGUUUUGGGGUUUUUUUCCUGUUUAAUGUUUUUUUUCCUUCUAAACUGCUUUUUUGAGUAAUCCAAAUUGCUAAACCUGUGUCCAUCCUAUAGAGAAUUGUAACAUAAGACAUUCACUUUUGGUGUCAAAAAUGGAGAAAAAUAAAAAUGAUUUUAAUGUGUGUGGAUUUUCCUUAUCAAAAUAAAUGCAUUGCUGAAAGGCAGCAAAAGCAA